GCUGUUUAGAUCAGAGCUCAAACUAGAUUCACUUCUCAGGAAGUGAAACUCAGAGAGUUGUUGUCACUGAGAGGAGAAAUGGCGCAGAAAGGAGUUCAGCUGGACGAGGAAACAAUCUCUUGUUCCAUCUGUCUGGAUCUACUGAAGGAUCCGGUGACUAUUCCCUGUGGACACAGCUACUGCAUGAACUGUAUUCAAACCCACUGGGAUGGAGAGGACAAGAAGAAGAUCUACAGCUGCCCUCAGUGUAGGCAGACCUUCAAACGGAGGCCUGUCCUGAUGAAAAGCACCAUGUUAGCAGAUUUAGUGGAGGAAAUGAAGAAGGAACAUAAAGGCCACGACACCGUCUCAGCUGCAGCAGAAAGGACUGAGAGGCAGAGAGACCUGGAGGUGAGUCGACUCAACAUCCAGCAGAGGAUCCAGGACAGAGAGAAAGAUGUGAAGCUGCUCCAACAGGAGGUGGAGGCUGUCAAUCACUCUGCUGAUAAAGCAGUGAAGGACAGUGAGAAGAUCUUCACCGAGCUGAUCCGUCUCAUGGAGAAAAGAAGCUCUGAUGUGAAGCAGCAGGUCAGAUCCCAGCAGGAAAGUGAAGUGAGUCAAGUCAAAGAGCUUCAGGAGAAGCUGGAGCAGGAGAUCAUUGAGCUGAAGAGGAGAGACGCUGAGAUGAAGCUGCUGUCACACACAGAGGAUCUCAACCAGUUUUUACUCAACUACCACUCACUGUCACCACUCAGCGAAUCUACAUCCAGAAUCAAUAUCCGUCCUCUGAGCUACUUUGAGGACGUGACGGCGGCUGUGUCAGAAGUCAGAGAUAAACUACAGGACGUUCUGAGAGAGAAAUGGACAAACGUCUCACAGACAGUGACUGAAGUGGAUGUUUUACAGUCACAACCAGAGCCCAAGACCAGAGCUGAAUUCUUGAAAUAUUCACAUGAAAUAACACUGGAUCCAAACACAGCAAACACACUGCUGUUAUUAUCUGAGGGGAACAGAAAAGCAACAUUUAUGAUGCAUCAUCAGUCUUAUCCUAGUCACCCAGACAGAUUCACUGGAGGUCAUCAGGUCCUGAGUAGAGAGAGUCUGACUGGACGUUGUUACUGGGAGGUGGAGUGGAGAGGGGCAAAAGUUUAUGUAGCAGUCGCAUACAAGAGUAUCAGGAGAGCAGGGAGGGCGAAUCAAUGUUGGUUUGGAUGGAAUGACAAAUCUUGGGCGUUAGAUUGUGAACAAAAACAUUUUAGAUUUAGGUACAACAAUGUCCAAACUCCCGUCUCAGGUCCUCGGUCCUCCAGAGUAGGAGUGUACCUGGAUCACAGUGCAGGUGUUCUGUCCUUCUACAGCGUCUCUGAAACCAUGACUCUCCUCCACAGAGUCCAGACCACAUUCACUGAGCCUCUCUAUGCUGGACUCUGCCUUUCAACUUAUGAUGACACUGCUGAGUUCGGUAAACUGAAAUAGACAGAAGUCAUUUGAGGGACAGAGGGUUCAAUUCUGUGUUUUAACUCUUUUUAAACUCGUUUUGUCUCCAUGUUUGUUGAUCUCUCUUUUUUUCUUCUUCAUAUAAUAGACAAAGUAAGCACAGUUUACAAACUCUUAAAGGAAUAGUUUGACAUUUUGGAAAAUGUGCUUAUUCACUUCCUUGCUGAGAGUUAGAUAAGAAGAGCCAGCAGACGGUUAUCUUAGCUUAGCAUAAAGACUGGAAACAGCUAGUCCGGCUCUGUCCGAAGGUAACAUCCCAGCACCUCAAUAUUUCACCGAUGAAUGACAUUAUACUGUAUCUAGUUUGUUAAAUCUGUACAAAAUCCAAAGUGUAAAAUCAUUAAGUUGUGGUUUUACAGGGGGUUAUGUACCGGACUGCGGGCAUAGUCAGUUCCUGGAGUUGGGUUGUCACUAAGUUGCCAGGCAACCAGCGGAGACUUCAGGAAGUUACUGCUCCUAGUCAAGAAAAAAAUCCCGUAAAACCACAACUUGUCGUUUUUACACUUUGGUUAUUUGUACGGAUCAAACACACGAGACUUGUUAAAUAGUGAUCUUUAGAGGUGCUGAUUGGUGGAUUUUUUUAUUACCUUUGGGCCGAGCCAGGCCAGCUGAUAUGACAGAUAUGAGAGUGGUAACAAUCUUUUCAUCUAACUCUCAGCAAGAAAGCAAAUAAGACAAUCUUCCAAAAUGUUGUAAUGUUACUUUAAUGUCUCUCUAUUGUGAAAAAGGAAUUGCUCUGUUUUUGUCAUGAGGACUUUCUAGUUGGUUGGUUGGCUCUCUGUUCCUGUCUCCAGCCCCAGGCCAUGUACUAUCCUCACACUCCCCAAACCUGCCAUCCUCCAACCAUCCACUAGAUGUCCUCAGACGUCCACGCCCACCUACACACCUGUUCCCACUUUCCCUCAUCAGCCCUGCUGUUCAUAACCGGCCCUUUUUCACACACUCCUUGCUAGUUUGUCAAAGUUGCCGUAUGCCUCAUGCCUUUGAGUUCCAUCUGAUCUGUUUUGUUUUUUCUGGUUACCUGUUCUGGAUGUACCUGCCUGUUUAUCUGCUGCAAUAAAUCAUAUCAGUCCGCCUGCCUA